AUGUCAAAACCAAUAUUCCCAACGCGAACGAAACGAAGCCCUCUUCCACUACACACACGUUCUAUCAUCUUUCCUCCGCACACACUAUUGAAAAAUUCUGUCUUGGCUAUGCAUGCCAAUCAACAGACAUUCUCAAUUUUGAGUGUCAAUUCAUAUCUUCUCUCAAUUUCCCAAGUUAAAAAUACGAAUAUGAUUUACAUGAAAGAAUUCAAGCUUACAAAUCCAGUUGUUUCCAUCUCAAGUGCUGCUUUCAUUGAUGAAGAUUCAUUGGUCAUAUUCAACAAGGGUAAGGGGAGAUUUGAGAGAUGGAAUUUGAGCAGAGAUAUCAAAGUGCAAGUGGCGUGGAAUUUUCCAAUACCUUCAGAGAAACAAAAUUCGAUGAAAUGGUGUAUCGAUCAUCAUGAUAAUCAAAUGUUUUUAUAUGUGGACAAGGGUAUUACUGUACUAUCUUUGAGUGAUGGUAAGGAAAUAGGAAAAAUCUUAAAUCCACCUCAAAAAAUUUCGCACAUGCAAAUGAAUAAGAUGAAUUCCAAUCAAAUUAUUUCAAUUUCUUCCAAAGCAGAGAUUUGUUACAUUGACAAGAAGACCUUUGAAACAAGUUCUACAAUCAAUGUUGAACAAAUGAUGCUCAACAAGUUAAAGAGAACAACUAUUCAUCAAGUGAAAUCAGUAGCUCAGGAUGAAUGCGGUUAUAUCUAUCUUGCUGUAGAUUGGUAUUAUCCUAUGAUACAAGCACAUUCAGGGAUGUAUGAUAGCGUAUUCUAUUUAGUUACUUUAAAAGAUAAUAUGAUUAUAUUGGAGGAUAAAUUAAUUGAGUUCAAGACAGCGUUCAUUGGAUUUGAUAAUAGGUCAAAAUUAUUGUUAAGAGCUAAUGGCGAUAUGCUCCAUUUUAUUAGAUUGAAAGAAUUUACUCUUUUUGAAUCCUGUUGUGAAAUCUUUUCAGAUAUCACCUGUGUUUUUGAAUAA